UGCUCUUUGCCAUCUCACUAGUUUUUAUCUGCUAUUUCUUGUUUGCUUUCUUUCCGGGAAUUUAUAGUAAAAGGAAAGUAACCAUACUGUCUUGUUGUGCUGGUUUCUGAUUUUCUGACUCAAGUGGCAAAAUGCAGUCUGUCCCAAAAAAAGCUUCCCACCAUGAUGAUGAACUCUUCAUGCAGCAGAGGGUGCGCUUUUCAGAGAAUCUGAAUGAACUGAAGAAUCUGAGGAAACAGUUGUACUCAGCAGCCGAAUAUUUCGAAAUGUCUUACAGCAAAGAGGACCAAAAACAAUUAGUGAUGGAGACCUUGAAGGAUUAUGUCCUCAAAGCAGUUGUCAAUACUGUGGAUCACUUGGGUUCAAUGGCCUAUAAGGUCAAUGGAUUUUUGGAUGAAAAUGUCACUCAAGUCUCACAAACUGGGCUUAGGUUGUCUUGCAUUGAACAGCGACUAAGGACGUGCCAAGAUUUCGUCACUCAAGGGGGUGUCUUCCAAAAUUCUUUAGCCUUAAAGUUUCCCAAGCACCACAGGAGAUACAUCUUUCCAGGCAAUUUUAUGUUGGUACUUUGGUGCUCAGUGGGAGUAGCCGUGGAUACUGUUGGCCAGUCUGCAUUGAGACAAAGUGCUGAAGAGGAUUUGUAUGAGAUUACAGCAAAAACAAUGAGGGAGAUUGCUCCAACAAUUGUCAGUAAAGAGCCUUCUGCAUCACACCCUGCGCAAUCUUCACCUGGAGCAUUUCAGUUCACAAGAAUUUCAGCCAAACAUGAGAAAAGAACGGUCUCACCGCAUCGGUUUCCACUUCCCCGUUGUGGCUCUCUUGUUAAGAGAUCAAGCACUAUGAACUCUUCUUCUACUGUCAAACAGCGGUACAUGUCGGAGCCCCGAACCAGGAGAUCAAUUUCAUUGUCUCUUCAUGCUGAAAGAGACAGGACCAAAGACACUGAUCAGCACUCAAGCAAAAAUAAACAUUUGUUUAAGGCCUUGCUUAGCAUGCGCAAGUCUAGAAAGGAUGCCACAUUGUACAAAUAUUUGGAUGAGAAUUGAGAGAACAAAACAGAAAGAGGUAUCACGAAGCCUAUCAGAAUUUCAGUUUA